AUGAUGAGCAGCGGCUGCUCGUCCCCGUGCGAGGUGUCCUGUCCCCAGCCCUACGCGGACGCCUGGAGCCAGCCCUGUGUCACCUCCUGCGGGGACUCGCGGGCCGUGGUCUACCCUCCGCCCGUGGUCAUCACCUUCCCGGGGCCCAUCCUCAGCUCCUGCCCCCAGGAGAGCAUCGUGGGCACCUCCUUCCCGUCGGGGGCCAUGGGAUCUUCUGGGUCCGGGGGCGCCAUUGGGGGAUCCUACGGAGGGGGCAGCGGCUCCAUGGGGGGAAUUGGGGGAUCCAUUGGAGGGGGUUCCAUGGGGGGAUCCUACGGAGGCGGUUCCAUGGGUGGAAUUGGGGGAUCCUAUGGAGGUAGUUCCCUGGGUGGAUCCUAUGGAGGUGGUUCCUUGGGUGGAUCCUAUGGAGGUGGUUCCUUGGGUGGAUCCUAUGGAGGUGGCGGGGGCUUUGGGGGCUCCUGUGGUGGGGGCAGCUCCUUUGGGGGUGGCUCCUGUGGAGUGGGAUCCUAUGGAGGGGGCAGCUCCAGCUCCAGGAGGUUUGGAGGAGGAAACUGUGGCUCCUUUUAUUUCUGA